GUAUAGUAACUAAAUGACAAGAAAAGUCCCCACUAUACACGUUUGGGGUUUUUCUUACUAAAAUGUUAGUGUGCCUACACGUCAAAAGCUAAAUUCACAAAAAUGGCGGAGCCAGAAUUAAACGUCGACAGUCUAAUACAGCGAUUAUUAGAAGUAAGAGGAUGUCGGCCGGGCAAGUCCGUGCAGAUGAGCGAGUCGGAAGUGCGCGGCCUGUGUCUCAAGUCGAGAGAGAUCUUUCUGCAGCAGCCCAUUUUGUUAGAGCUUGAAGCACCGUUGAAAAUAUGUGGUGAUAUCCACGGACAGUACACAGACCUUUUGCGACUGUUUGAAUAUGGCGGUUUUCCCCCGGAGGCAAACUAUCUCUUCCUCGGCGAUUAUGUCGACCGCGGCAAGCAGUCGCUGGAGACAAUAUGCCUGCUGCUCGCGUACAAGAUCAAAUACCCGGAGAAUUUCUUCCUGCUGCGCGGUAAUCACGAAUGCGCGUCGAUUAACCGCAUCUAUGGUUUCUACGACGAAUGCAAGCGGCGUUUUAAUAUCAAGCUGUGGAAGACGUUCACGGAUUGCUUCAACUGCCUGCCGAUCGCCGCCAUUAUCGACGAGAAGAUUUUCUGCUGCCACGGCGGGCUGAGUCCUGACUUGCAGGGCAUGGAGCAGAUUCGUCGUAUUAUGCGGCCUACAGAUGUACCUGACACAGGUUUAUUAUGCGAUUUAUUAUGGUCGGAUCCAGAUAAGGAUGUGCAGGGUUGGGGCGAGAACGAUCGUGGUGUAUCGUUCACGUUCGGUGCGGAUGUGGUGAGCAAAUUCCUCAGCCGACACGAUCUCGACCUGAUUUGCAGGGCGCAUCAAGUCGUUGAGGAUGGUUAUGAGUUUUUCGCCAAGCGACAGUUGGUAACACUGUUUUCAGCGCCAAACUACUGCGGCGAGUUUGACAACGCCGGUGGGAUGAUGAGCGUUGAUGAAACACUCAUGUGUUCAUUCCAGAUUUUGAAGCCGUCUGAGAAGAAAGCGAAAUAUCAAUAUCAAGGUACUAAUUCAGGAAGGCCAGUGACGCCGCAGCGCUCACAGGCGCCCGCGGGGAAGAAGAAAUAAACGCAUCGCGUAUGCCACACGCCAAUCUAAUUUAUAUCUUUAAACAAUACUUUAAUAAUCAAUCAAUCAAUCGUCUGAACCACACAAUCCGAAACGAACAGCAACCAAGAACAAAAAAAAACAGAAUCCAGGUAAUUCGUAGUUAACAGAUUACUAAAACGGCCGCCCACCUUAUCACUGUACUCGUUUGAAUGUUCAACGUUUAUUAAUAAUAUCUCUACGGAUAGAGAGAGGGCGUGGCAGUUCGGUUCAGUCUUGUCGUAGUCUACUUCCGAUUACUUAGGUCACCAUUUUUAAUUUCUUUCUUACUUUCAAAUGGAUUCAUAGCUUACAUACAUUUUUGACUGAUUACGAAUUAAAUUUUAUUUUAUUUUUGUUACUCGUUUUUAAGCCGAGGAUGAGUGAAGAUGGGACAAAGCAAAGCUAGCAACACCAAACUAAAGAGAGGUUAACUAUAAAUAAACAUUUUGUUUGUGUGUGUAUGUACUGUAAGCAGCAGCAAAAUGUAAGAAUUCUAUUUGUAACA